AUGGUGAAGAACAGAGUGUCUGCCUGCACACAGAGCCAGAUGAUCCUGGCAUCAGAGUUUGGGUGUCACGCUGAUCCGUGGUGUGACAGACUGCUGGAGGCGGGGUCACCUUCCUUCCAGCUAUUCCUGUCUAGUUCACUUCUAGAUGAGUUGUGUCUGGGCCCCAGUCAGCCUGGAGGCUCUGACAAAUGUGGCCACGUCACUAACGGUAAUGCAGUCCGUGGAUCCACCCUCAUUGAACCGGAGCGUCUGAAGGACUUUGGUGAGGAGGAGCUGGUCAAUGGGGACGUGAAGGUCUAUAGCACCAAGGUGGUGGGGGGUCCUGCUGAGAUCGUGCUCAAGGACCCCCCUAAAACCAGACGUAUGAGCGAGUUCAGGCACAAUCCCAGACCUCUUGUCCCGUUUCUCCGCUUCGAGGACAUCAGCGCCGCAGCCUUCAGGAUCCAGGCUGGGAUCCAGAAGACCCCCUGCACAUACUCCAGACUCUCCAAGCAGUACGGGAUGGAGAUCUACCUGAAGAAGGAGCACCUGCACUACACAGGCUCUGUGAAGGAGAGAGGAGUCCGGCACAUGCUGAGCUCCCUCACACAGGCUCAGCAGAGGAAGGGCGUGAUCGUUGCCACUGACUGUAACUUCUCCAUGGCCGUGGCCCACCAUGCAGUAGAGCUGAACAUCCCGGUGUUUGUCAUCAUGCCGUCAUGCUGCUCCUCGCCUCGCCUCCGGAUCUACAGAGACUACGGAGCCAUGGUCAUUUCCUACGGCAGCAGCGGCCACGACUCCCAGAACCACGCCCGCCAUCUGGCCUCAGAGAAUGGAUACCUCUACCUGGAAGAAGAGGAAAAUGAAGCAUACCUGGCAGGACUGGGCACUGUUGGCAUGGAGAUCUACGAGCAAGUGUCUAAACUGGACGCAGUGGUUAUUCCGGCAGCUGGACAGUACGGGCUACUGGCUGCUACAGCUGCAGCCAUCAAACACCUCAACUCCAGAAUUCUUGUCAUAGGAAUUGAACCAGAAGGCUUCCCUCUGCUGCAACAAUCUCUGAAAAAUAACGGCCCAAUCAAAAACAUGAACAGCAACCCCAAUAAGAAACUCUAUGGAGAUUUAAUGGAGCAUUCCCUGGGUGAUAACACCUUCCAGCUGGCAAAGAAACUAGUGGAUAAAGUCGUCUCUGUCAGUGAGGAGGACUCUCUGGUGGCGAUGCUGCGGUUUCAGGAGUUUGAACGCUCCACUGUGGACACAGAGGGAGCCAUGGGACUGGCAGCCAUCUUGGCUGGAAAACUACCAGAGCUGAAAGGCAAAAGGGUUGCUGUAGUGGUGACCAGUGCUAACAUGGAGCUGGAGCUGAUGAGGCAGUGUGUGGACCGGGCCCUGGUGCUGGAUGAUCGGGUCAGUAAGUUCUCUGUGCAGCUGGGGGAAUAUCCAGGAGACAUGGCUAAGCUGCUGGACGUCCUGUCCAGAGAGGAAGUCAGGUUGUUGGAUGUCUGCCAACGGAGACAAAGUGACAAGUCAGACCUCUUCAAGGCAAAGGUGGAGUGUGUGGUGGAAACCAGGGAUAAAACACAAAGCAUUCAGCUACGCAAGGUCCUGAGUGAGCGCUACCCCUCUAUAUGCUGGCUGGAUCGGUGAUCACAACAUGAACACAAAGACUAGAACACUGGAAAAUAACAUUACAUGACACAUGAAUAUAAUGUGAGCUGCCGUGCAAACACACCCUGCUAUAUACACUACUACAAUAUAUGAACUCUGUUAUAGGAAUACCAUUAAGACAGUGGCUGUUAAGCAAACCUAAGUGUAUAAAGAAAAGCCUUGAGAUUGUGUAGAGAAUACUAUUCAUGUAACUUCUAUUACUUAUGCUGCUAUCGUUCUUUAAUUAUGCCCCUGUGUAAUUAUGGUAAAGUGCAUAGGCUGUAUUCAGAAGAUGAAUGUAUAGUUCACAGAGCAUUAUUCAAGCACUGGAUAUUUACUCCUUUAGUGCCCUCUAAGUAAAGUAAGUACACACUAUGCAACUUCCUAAACCAUCUGCAUCAAAUGUGUAUUUUAUUUUCAAUCCAUAUUGUAUUUUUGUAUAUAUUUCUGUAUUUAUUCUGCCUACGAUGGUAGAGUAAAAUUGUAAAAAGUGUUCUCGAAAUAAACA